AUGGAGACCAUUGAAUACCCCAACAGUAUUCUAAAUGACGUAGAGCGCUUAGAUAAGCUCAAGUGCGCUGCGUGUGCAUUCGUUGUAGAGACCGUCACACGGCGUGAGCUUCAUGUCAUAGCUCUUGUGGUGAGUGUAAGCCCGUUGUCUGAUGCCCUUGGCUCGGUACGCAGGUCGCAAAAUCUCGGCACGUGUUCGGAGGUUUCCAAGAAAGGAAAAAUGUCCGAAUAUUCAUUAUUAAAGCAUCGUCGCAAGUUGAAACGGGAAGCGGUACAUCAAUGCUGCACUGCAGCUGAAUUUUGUCUUCACCAAGCACUUCGGGACGCGCAAAUGCUCGCUCUUUGGCUUAACCGGACUUUUUUUGGUCACGCACGCAAACGAAGCGGUGCCCACUCAAAUAAUUGGUAUGAAUGCCCACAUGAAACAUCUAUGGGAGUGGAGGUGGUGGUGAUGGCGUCUCUGGUGCCGCGAACCAUUCCUGACCUAGCUCUCUUCAUGACUUGGCAGCAGGGACUCGAAGCACGACGACACUCCCCCUUGCGGUAUGCCGCGCUGCUACGCAUUUCUUUCGGAAAUCCCCUUUUCAUUCAGAAUUGGGAGUGUUAUUAUGGCAGAGCCCGGAAGCAAGGAACUGCGACAAAGUCAAAAGUUGCUGCAGCUGUGCUGGAGCUCUCCUCGAUUGUGCAGCCUCACCAAGCCUUGUUGAUCGACAUCAGGUGGUGUCUUGAGGCUGCGACAGGUUCACGGAAUCAAACAAACAUGCAAAAAAGUGUUACCAUAUUUGGAAAGGGAGCUAAUCACAUGAAAAACGAAGCUGCAAGAGAUGCACCCAAUAUCGCACUUGAUUCUUUCUUUGACGAAAUCAACUCACUCAUUAAGCUUCCAUCGGAAGGGCGAGUUGCGAUGUGGUUGCCGUAUUCAGAUUUGUUGUCAGAAUGCUGUACCAGCUCACGCUGCCAAUGUGUGACGAAUGCGCUUACCAGUGGACCAUCCUAUAGCAAAAAGUCCAAAAUUCAGUAUGAUAAACUUCACAUUGUCUGUGACCACUGCUCAAAUAUCAGAAAGCUCUCCAUUGAGCUGGGAUCUCUGUAUCGUCGCCUGCACGAGUAUUUUGGCCAGGUAAAGUCAUGGAAGCUGUUGACGAGUCACGGUGGAACACUAAAUGGGUUGCUGGACAAGGCUAACUUUGCGACAAUGCCAGGGACUGAGGGUUUUACGAGGGAAACAGCAGACACAGCUGCCAAACUCUACACAUCUACAGCUUUCCCCCCCAAUAGUAGGGUCAGAGAAGGUGUUCUAGCUACAAGUGCCAAUAAGCCAAUAUUUGCUUUCCCCUUGCUUUCUACGCGUAGUUUGCGUGAUGCGUACGCCUUGCUGGGGGUUUUGGUAGGACACGACACGGUGGGCUUCUAUGAGGAGGGCGUCUCGUUUUGUCGAGGUAUUAGGAGACGGCUUUACACAGCGCGAGUGACCGGGAUCAUUUCCGGUUUUGAGACUGUUCUUUCAAAGGCAUGCGUUAGUACUGCAAAUGGAUGUGAGCUGGUAGAUGCAAUUAAUAAUAUCCACAGUAAAAAAGAUAAAAAUGCGCAAGACUUCAUCGGUGGUGACGUUGAUAUUGCAAAAGGAAAAAAUAUCACUGACAAAGAAGACCCACAGUCACAGUUUGACCGGGACAUGUACCUGUAUAGAGGGAAAUCUUGUAACACGAGUUUGAAAAUAUCGCAGCAUGCCCCUUUUGGAGAGAAGCGACCACGUCAGCGAAGUGCAGCUGUAGAGACUCGUAAAGCCAGAACGAGGAUGUUGUGA